CGGGAAGUGUCGACGUUUCCGCUGCUACCUUCGCCGGAGGAUGUGCCAGGUUGUGUGAAAGACACAGGCGUCGUGAGUGCUUCCAGUAUAUUAAGGAAACACUCUACUACUGCUCUACUAGUAUCUUUUUUUCUUAGGCGUCCACUACUUGUAAUUCUAUCCUGGUAGUGAGGUGUAACUCUUAUCCUAGUACUGAGGUGUAACUCUUAUUCUGACACAGUGAGGUGCACCCCCUACUUUAGUGGCUGCGAAAGUUAAAGUCGUCUCCCGCCAUUAGGUUAGGAGAACUGAUGGGGACGCAGUGAGUGAUGAAUGAACUAAUACCAAAAAAGGGGGUCUUUAGCAGUCAAGCAUUUCAGUAGCAAGCAUGUUUUUUUGCACUGUUCGUUCUGCUUCAAAGCUCAUUAUCAAGUAUUUUCAACCGAGGAGAAUGAAAUAGUUACUGUUUCUAAGUGCUGCAACGUCCAGUACAGCCUGCUCGUCGUUCAUAUCAGCGGCUUGCAGAGAUACGUUUCAGGCUAUACAAGAGGCACCGUAACAUGACAUAAGUAGGUGUCAUCUAGUUUGAAUGUUUAGAAGUAGUCUGCAGUGAAUCUAGAGCUGCUGUCUAGCUAGCAUCUUCUGGAUUUUUUGUUCCACCAUGGUCUAUUUUUAUGCAUAGUUUGUUCCUUAACUGAAAGCUUGUCCUCAACUGUACUUGAAAAACAGCUUGCCUUCGCCGCAGGGGAACUUUGCUUUGUCACCGCAAGUGCAGCAGAUAGUAGGGAGGAUGCAUGAGGAAAGGGAGAAGCUGGUGUCUCGAUUUCGCGAACGAGAGCGAGAGAUAGAGUGCGAACGCACCGCAUUCGAAAAAGUGGAGAAAGAGUUAUGAUGAUUGAUGGUGUAUGAAGAAGCACUCUUAUAUAGAACAAGAAUUAGAGAAGCACACAGUACAGUUGAAGAUACGCACAUCAGAGUAGUCGCGUAUUUAUUUACGGCAUCGGUUUAAUGCUCAAGAAAUAAGACUUACAACCUACUCGUCCUGCAUUUGACUAUCGUGAUUCUCAUAAUCAUUAUCUUAAAAAUCAACUCUACUAAAGCUGUCAUUAUUUUUCUUCUUUUUUUUUUUUUUUUUUUUUUUCCUUUAAUCAAAUUGAUGCUUCUAGCACUAGUAUUGCCUAUCUAAUGAAGCUGGCAAUCUUUCGCGAGGCGUACCGUUUGCGCGAAGAGGAUGUGAGGAAGCUAAAUCUACGUGUAAGAGAAUUGGAAGGAGAAAACUCUGAUGCACGGAGAAGGAACCAGAGUAGGGAACUGCACGUGGAGGAUGCAACAUCUUCUAGUGGAGCAUCGAUUGUGAUGAAUCAGAAGAGUACUAGAGAACCACAUGUUGAGGAAGCAACUCCUUGUAGUAGGAAGCAGUCUUGGUCGGUGAUUGAGGAAGCAAUAUCUUCUAGUCUAGCACCAAAUCGAAGUAACUUGUUGCCGAUGAAACGAGAGUCUAGGACAAUAUUCUCGGAUGAGGAGAUCUGGGGAAAGACGCGUAAGAAUGUUCUCAUCGCCGAGAAUUAUCAGGAGAGUCCACUUAUUAGGGGACAACAUGUUGAGGUCGGUAGAGGUUUUGUCGUUGGUAACCUUCAUUAAAGUUAGUUCCUUGUCGUCUACUAAAUAACUACUGCUCGUCAGGGAAGCUGAUCAUGACCAAAUAUAUACCUGACGAAUUUAGGUGGUUUAUAUUCAGAUCGUGAUUCAGUUUUUCUUGUUCCAGUCUCCACCAUUUUUCUGUAAAUUAUGAAACUGAAGAUCGAUUGGCGGAGCACCAAGUCGAGUGUGCAGUAGAACUCAGUAGGUAGAAAUUGCAUCUGUUUGUUCUUUUUCUUAUAGUUCGGUACAAUCAACUGAGCACUGCUCUUGGGGGACUUCUAAUUUGUGCGAGCAGCAACUGGGAUCGUCAAGAGAAGGCAACAUGAACGAUGGCCCUUCCACGAAGCUCCAAGAAGGUGAGGAGACUCAGCAGACUGAUCUUCUCAAAGAUGAACCAGAUACUAACCUCCUCAUGAAGAACACCUUGGAACUGACGCCGCAUGUGAGUCCUAGAUCCAACGACAGUCCUAGCGACAGUCCUCACGACAGCCCCCUCAACGACAGUCCCGUAAACCCGCGCGCACGCGUACCAAAUCAAACGACAUUUUUAUGACCCAGACUCUACUGGUAUUUCGUCACAUCUAAAUUUUUUGAAGGGUGGAAAUUGAUUUUCUUUGUGCAUGUAAAUUACAAUAAGAUUUUUACAAUGAAAAGUUGAUUCUCCUUGUGCAUCCAAAUUUAAUUAGGGAAACAACGUCGACUACUACUGCUAGAAUAUAGGAUAUGAUUGGAAUUUGUGCUGCUAGAGGACAUGAUUGGAACUUGUGGGCGUUGCAUACUUGUCAUUAGGAGCUUUCAUACUUUGGCCGCGAAAAGGAUCUCAAGCGCUCGUGGGGCCCACGGGAAAAUACAAACGAUCGAGCAGUAAUGAAUUUACGGCGUGGCUUUCUAUAUUUGAUACAACAUGCAUCUUGAAGAUCGAUGUUCCAGGGUGGCUGUUCUUGUACUAGUUAUGACAGUAGAGAAUGUGAAAGAAAAUGAAGAAUGUUCUUGUAGGUAGAGGAUGCACAAUGCUCCAAUAGAGAAUGUGAAAGAAGAUGAAGAAUUUUCUUGUAGGUAGAAGAUCAAGAAUGUUCUUGUGGGUAUACUCAGGCCUAAACAAGUACACCAAUUUAACAAGCUCUACUUCUAAACAAGGUGGAUGAUCUUCAGGAUGUUCUUGGGUCCGCUCCUCCCAGCAAACAUGCUUCCGUAAAGAGAGAAUACGUGGACUACCUUGAAAGG